AAAAAUGAAGAGGAAAGAUCAAAUUGGAAGAGAGAUAGAGAGAGAGAAAUAGGUACACAUAGUUAGUGAUCUUGUAGAAGUGGAGGAUAGGAGAGGGAACCAAACUAGAGAGAGAGAGAGAGAGCGGGAGGGAGAGAAGGAGCGACAGACAGGAAUGAGGGGAUAUAAGAGAAGGGCUAAGGUGUGAUAUGAAAGAUGACUAUGCACAAUGAAGUAAUAAUGAAAUGGCAUUAUAUCUUUAAAACUAUACAGACCCCUCGAUGAAGUCAUUCUCCAGUGUAACGACUCUCUACUGUGUUGACUAUCCACUAAAAUAGGUUUGCUCUAUUCCUAUUUAUAGCCCAUCCCUGGUGUAAUAAUAACAGCCGUCUCAGAAAACGAGUCUUACCUACAUGAUUACAUUUUCCCCAGAGUUGGCGCCAUGAUUGCUGGGUUUCCAGCUUUCACGGCAGACUACAAAGCGAGCGAGAAAGGAAGCGCCGCGUUCCCCCCGCACUGCUCCACUCUCUCCGACCCGACGUGCAAACUAAAGACCAAUUUUUCGCAAACUUAACGGUCUCCAAGAGUGAGCCCCCAUCGUUCGCAAGCUGUCAGAGUGUCAUCUGUUUUUUCUGACUUUUGCUCACGGAGAAUAUUUUGUCUCACAACGACCGUUCUCUAACUCCGUGCAUAUAACACAUACUCGUGUAAGCGUCACCACUCAACGAAGAGAGGUGAGCGGUCGGUUUUGCAAAAAGUGAGAUUUCAUCUGUCCAUUGCAACAGAACAAAACAGAAAAUUGGAAUUCAGUGUUCAAUUAAACUCUCGACAAAAGGGGUGCAUUCUGAUUGUGUUCUUGGAAGUUGUGGCACCUUGAGUAGCGUACUAAGGAAAGACAAAAAAGGCAACCAAAAAUGUAUGGGUUCGUUAAUCACGCUUUGGAGCUGCUGGUUCUUCGAGAACAUGGCCAAGACAAAUGGGAAGAAAUCAAACGCGAAGCCGCUGUGGAGAUCGAAGGCAGUUUCUUAGUCCGAAUCGUGUAUGACGAUGUCUUAUCUUAUGAUCUAGUCGGAGCCGCCGUCAAAGUACUCGAAAUAAGUGCCAAUGAUCUGUUGGAGGCAUUCGGUCGGAUGUUCUUUGAAUUUUGCGUCGAGUCUGGCUACGACAACAUCUUGAACGUCCUCGGUUCAACCACACGUCACUUCUUGCAGAACUUAGAUGCUCUCCACGAUCAUCUUGCCUCAAUCUACCCAGGAAUGCGAGCACCUUCAUUCAGAUGCAGUACACGAGACAGUGAUGGCGCUCUUGUCCUUCACUACUACUCCGAGCGACCAGGGCUGGAGCACAUCGUCAUCGGGUUGGUACGCAGUGUAGCAAAGACCCUCCAUGGCUCCGAAGUCCAUGUUGAGAUCAUCAAGAAUAAAGGCGAAGACUGCGAUCAUGUUCAGUUUGCCAUCAUCGAGAAGGUGGAGACAGCGAAGAUUGAGAAGCAGGCUCGACAGAACUUACUGGCUCUCUCCAAGGAACCCAAAAUCAGUCCAUCAACACUGUGCAGGAUCCUGCCCUUCCACAUCAUGUUCAAUGCUGAUUUACACGUAGAGCAAGCGGGUAACUCCAUUCAAAGGAUUGUACCUAACAUCAUUAAUCCUAACUGCAGAAUGACGGACUUAUUUCACAUCGUGCGCCCUCACAUGGAGUUCACCUUCAAGUCUAUCCUCAGUCAUGCCAAUACCAUUUACGUGCUGAAGACCAAUCCUGGUGUUGUCAACCCUAACAACCCUCGCAACGGCUCCAUCCCAGCACUCAAGCUCAAAGGCCAGAUGCUCCACGUACCCGAGUCCAAUGUUUUACUAUAUCUCUGUUCACCACACGUCAUCAAUCUUGAUGAGCUGAGGCAACGUGAACUAUACCUGAGUGAUAUCCCAUUGCAUGAUGCUACAAGAGACCUGGUACUGAUCUCAGAGAGGUUUGACGAGGAGUACAAACUCACCCAGAAGCUAGAGAUCCUGACAGACAAGCUACAACAGACCUACCGUGAGAUCGAGAAUGAAAAGAAGAAAACUGACAGGCUCCUCUAUUCCAUCCUCCCUCCAUCCGUUGCUAACGAGUUACGUCAUCAUCGACCUGUUCCCGCCAAGAAGUUUGAGUGUGUGACUCUGAUGUUCAGUGGGAUCUUUGGGUUUGGAGACUUCUGUCGUCGCUACUCACACGACGCUAUGAAGAUCGUCAGCCUUCUCAACAGUGUUUACACCAAGUUUGACGUCCUUAUGGAAAAUAACCCAGACGUCUACAAGGUAGAGACAGUAGGUGAUAAAUACAUGGCAGUAAGUGGUCUACCCGUACCGUGUGCUGAUCAUGCCAAAUGCAUCGCUAAGAUGGCUCUUGAAAUGAAAGAACUCUCUGCAGAUGUCAUCAUGGAGGGUGACCCUAUAGUGAUCACCAUUGGUGUCUACAGUGGAGAGGUGGUGACAGGAGUGGUCGGACAACGUAUGCCGAGGUACUGUCUCUUUGGUAACACUGUAAACCUCACCUCCAGGACAGAGACUACUGGCAUCACGGGCAAGAUCAACAUCGCCGAUACUGCAUACGAUUGUUUGAUGGAGCCACAGAAUGCGGACCCUACCUUCCAGUUUGAUUUCCGAGGUCUAAUCAACAUGAAAGGCAAGCCUAAACCCUGCCCAUGCUAUCUGCUCUCAAGGAAACCAGCUGAAGCUAAACCUGAACCAUAAACAUGCAGCCUAGCUCAAGUCAAGACAUUAACUGCUGAAUCUAUAUCAUUCUGAUCAGAGGAGAUAGUGUACGGUUUGAACUUGUCCACAAAGUACCAUCAAAUAAAUUAAAGGGUUACACACUAUUACCCUUUUAAACCUGAACCAUAAAUAGCCUAGCUGAAGUCAAGGCAGUAACCGCUGAAUCUAUCAUGCUGACCAGGGGAGAUAGUCUACGGUUUGAACUUGUCCACGAAGUACCAUCAAAUAAAUUAAAGGGUUACACUCCAUUACCCUUUUAAACCUGAACCAUAAAUAGUCUAGCUGAAGUCAAGGCAGUAACUGCUGGAUCUAUCACUCUGAUCAAGGGAGACAAUGUGUGGUUUGAACUGGUCCACGAAGUACCAUCAACGUCAAAGGUUACACACUAUUACACUUUUUCGUUUUAACUAAAUAUCCAGGAAUGGUCAAUAUUAUUGCAGUGACUUUGAUCAAAUUAACACGCGAUUAUUCAAAAUGGAAUACUUAUAUGAACCAAAACCUAACAAGAUAGGCCAUGAAACUUUCUUUUUUGAUUCACUACAUGUAAAAUGAAAGAGAAAUAUCCAUGGUUGUUAUAAAAAUCCAAAUGCCAAUAUCACUAACUUGAUGACAGUAGAUUUUAAAUAGUGGUGGGUAAUUGUUGACACGCAUCUUGUUUUUCAAUAAUGUAUCCUUGAUUACUGUCCUCAUAUUAAGUUAAUCAAAAAUUCAGAAAUAAUAGUCGGUUUUUCAUGUCCUGAAGAUAUAAUUUAGUGUUCUUCUUUUUGAAAACUGUGAAUGCCUAUCCAAAACAAAAUCAAAACUACGUAGAGGUUUGUGGUUUAAAAGGGUGAACUUUCCGGAAACAUAGAGGACAGUUUUAAUUUAAAUAUUGGGGAACGACCUUUCGAAAAACAUGGGCACCCACUAGCCUUCUGGGGGCGUUUCUUGAAACUAUCCUAAGUUCUUGAUCAUAUGAUAUAAACAUACGUUAGCGAAUUUACAGUCGUUUCAAAAUGAUGUUCAUAAACUUUGACUUAUUGACACUUUGACAGUUUCGAGAAACUAGCUCCUGGAUUCUCCCCACAUAUAUUUCUAAUCUUCCAAUGUAAUAUGUCUGUAAUUGAAUUUGUACAGAUGUAUAUCAAUCAGAUCUUAAUAGUUUAUGUCUGAAGACUCACAUUUACCGUGAGGCGUGUCGAUUUUGAACCCGGUCUUUAAGUGUCUCUUUGUAUAUACAUGUAGGCGAAAACAGAGUUAUACUACUGUUUAGACCAGCAAACAUCAAAUACUAAUCUCGAUUCUACAACUGAUAUCUGCGAUAAUGAUGUUGUAAACAUAGAUUUAAGCUUGAUAGGAAAGUGAGUGUUUAUAUCUUCCAAAGAGUUUGGGGAUUAGUGCGUUUUAUAUAUUUGUACAGUAUUGUAAAUAGAGAUAAAGAUAUGAUAUUAACAAGAUUUGACCAACGUGUAUACUAUAUAUUCGGGCUGAAUGAUUGAAAGUUAUGAUGUGUUCAAUGCAGGAAUUAUAUUUAAUUCGAGUGUUUCAAGCAAUAUCAAAAUAUUUAGAAGAGAAAUAGUAUUAUUAUUAUUAUUCAAUAAUCGAAUGCACAGACACACACCUGAGGACACAUAAAACAUAUGAUAUUUAUUUAAGAAGAUUAAUACUGUAAAUAUUAUUUUGUAAUAAAAAUUAUAAUCAAAGAAAGUGUGACGUUUUUAUUAUAUCUACCAUAUAAUGUACUUCUUUUUUCUCUUUGAACUCCUUUCUUAUGAUUUAUGAUGAUACGUGGCGAUACUAACCGGGGAAAAUCUUAUUAUAAAUAGGUAUUACAUGAAAUAUAAACAAGGAAAUAAAAGAAAUAAGUUAACAGUGCCACGUUUAGCACUUUUUCCUUACUCAGAUUAACAAACGACAUUUAAUACUCAAGGACGGGUUAGAGCAGUAUGAGA